AUGACUAUCCCGAAGAUUUGCCUUGUUCGUGAUUACCACCAAACUCCAAUCGAGGCCAGUGAUGUACCGAAAACUGCAGUGAGCACUCCCUUUGGGUUAGUCGAAUUCACCCGUAUGGCCUUUGGUCUGAGGAACGCCACUCAAACUUUUCAGCGGUUUAUUGAUCAGGUGCAGCGAGGCCUCCACUUCGUCUACGCCAAAAUUGAUGGUUUGCUGGUGGCUAGUUCUGUAGCUACUGAACACGAGGUUCAUCUUCGACAAGUUUUUGAACGACUCAACUCCUUCGGCGUUGUAAUAGAUGCUGUUAAAUGUGAGUUUGGAGUCCCCAGUCUACUCUUCCUGGGUCACGAAGUGAACUCUGAUGGGAUAAAACCCGUCCCUGAAAACGUUUCGGCCAUAUCAACUUUCCCCGUUUCGACAACCAUCAAUCAGUUACGCCUCUUCUUGGCGAUGGUGAACUACUAUAACCGUUUUCUUCCCCAUGGUGCCACCAUACUGCAGCCACUCAACAGUCUGUUGGCUUACGCCAAGAAGACACUGGUAAUGACUGAGGAUGCCGUCAAGUCCUUCAAUGACGUCAAGGCCGCACUUGCGAUCGCAACACUGCUUGCUCACCCCCGCGCCGAUGCCCCUCUAACUCUCAUGACAGAUGCUUCCAUCACUGCCGUUGGUGCAUCACUUCAGCAAACUGUUAGUGGCGUUCUACAGCCUCUGGCUUUCUUCUCGAAGAAGCUCAGCCCAGCAGAAACCCGCUGCAGUGUCUUCGGCCGAGAAUUCCUUGCUGUCUAUCUAUCCAUCCGGCACUUCCGACAUUUUCUUGAGGGUCGCGAAUUUGUCGUUCUAACAGACCAAAAGCCACUCGUUUUUGCACUGAGGACCUCUCCCGAUCGAUACUCGCCCCGUGAGAUUCGUCGUCUAAAUUUCAUCUCACAGUUUCCCUGCGACACCUAA